AGGCCAGCACUCUCUCUUUCUUUCUCUCUAUCUCUCUUGAUAUAUGUUUCUCUACCUCUCACUCACUCUCCUGUUCUCAGGUGCGUCAUCUGGCACAGUCUCCCAGUGAUCUACUUAAGGUCUGGCUCUCUCUCUCUUUCCCCUUUCUCUCUCUCUCUCUCUCUCUCUUUCUCUCUUUCCCUCUCUCGCUCCUCACUUGUGGCUGCGUCUGUGUUCACUCUGACCAGAACUGAGUCGCUCUGCAGAGACUCCUCUCGUGCUCAGGGGACUUAUGCGCUGUGAGCUUUCUGUCUUUUUUUGUACCCCCACCAAAGCUGAGGAGUAACUUGCAUUCGUCCCUCUCAUUGAGUCAAGUCCUGUGCAAUACCUGUUUCAGCCGGGCUGCCUGUCUCCGCGGCGACGCUACCCACCUCCUUCCCCAAAGGCAGAGCAGGACUGUGGAGGAUGUUUUGGAUUGUAACUUUGUAGCUCUGUUUUGGCUGAAGAUAUAUUUCCUGUGGCGCUAUAAUAGAAUCUCCGCAGGGUCUUGAUCCCCUUUAAGGAAAUUUAGCUCGUUUGUUUUUUUUGUUGAUGGAUGAACUGUUUUUAUUUGGACGUCUUCUGUUUGUUUUUUGGCCAUGAAAGUUAAAGGGAUGGCCAUGUGUCAUUUCCUACAUCAAAGUAUCUUACGAGACAGAAGGCGCAUGAAGCAUGCUGUGCAUUUUUGAAGUGAAGAUUCAUUCUUUUUUCCCCGUUACAGCACAAUCCCCUGUCAGACUGUUUGUGCGACUGACUAGUUGAUUUGGAUUGUCGGAGUCAGCGGAGUUAGUUAGUUCAUAGCACAUUGGGGCCUGCAGAGAGACUUUUGAAGAUUCAUUCUUUUUUCCCCGUUACAGCACAAUCCCCUGUCAGACUGUUUGUGCGACUGACUAGUUGAUUUGGAUUGUCGGAGUCAGCGGAGUUAGUUAGUUCAUAGCACAUUGGGGCCUGCAGAGAGACUUUCUCUUUGGUAGUUCUUUUUUACACACAGAUUUUUGAGGUGCGUGGAGUAAGAGCACUUUGACACUGGCAUGCUUUUGGAGGCCCAUCGUGCCGGGACUGUGCGCGAUGUUGCAGACGAUCUACGAGACGGAAUCCUGCUUCUCCUCCGACAGUGUCUCCAGCAGGGAACAGUCCCUGGAGCUUCUCUCCAAGGCCCGUGUGUCCACAAUGCCCAGCACCGCUGUGGACAUGAAGACGUCGUUGCCGGGUGGACUGCGUAGCCCCGUGGGUGACUCGGGGCCUGGAGGCGGCGGCGGCAGCGUCAGCGUUAGCAUUAGCAUUAGCGGCGGCGGAGGGGGCGAACGCGGCGUCAGCGCCGGCGGCGGGAACAGCAACACUAACACCAACGCCUCCAACAACGGCGGCGGCGGUGGGGGGGCGGUGGACCUGCGCACAGACCUGCGGGCGGAGGUGCGCCUGAGCGCGCUCGGCGGGAUGGACCCCGCGCUGACGGAGCAGCAGCUGCAGCACGAGCUGCUCCUCCUCAAGCAGCAGCAGGAGCUGCAGAAGCAGCUGCUCUUCGCCGAGUUCCAGAAGCAGCACGAGGUGCUCACGCGCCAACAUGAGGUGCAGCUGCAGGAGCAUCUCAAGGUUGGGCAUGUUUGUAUAUGGCAGCAGCAGGAGAUCCUGGCUGCCAAGCGUCAGCAGGAGCUGGAGCAGAAGCGUAAGCUGGAGCUGCAGCGGCACGAGGAGCUGGAGAAGCAGCGUCUGGAGCAGCAGCUCAUCAUGCUGCGCAACAAGGAGAAGGGCAAAGAGAGUGCCAUUGCCAGCACUGAGGUCAAGUUGAAGUUGCAGGAGUUCCUCCUCAGCAAAAAGGAUCCCACCCCCGGUGGACUAAACCAUUCCUUCACCCAGAAGUGCUGGGGGGGUCAGCACAGCUCCCUGGACCAGAGUUCCCCCCCUCAGACAAACACUCCUGGGACGCCGCCCUCCUACAAACUGCCCUCUCUCCUGGGUGCCUAUGAGGGCAAGGAUGAUUUCCCUCUGCGCAAGACCGCCUCUGAGCCUAAUCUGAAGGUGCGCUCGCGGUUAAAACAGAAGGUUGCCGAGCGACGCAGCAGCCCUCUGCUCAGGAGGAAAGACGGAACUGUCAUCAGCACUUUCAAGAAGAGAGCCAUUGAAAUCUCAGUGUCCUCCAUGUGCAGCAGCGCCCCUGGCUCUGGGCCCAGCUCUCCGAACAGCUCCAACACCGCCAUCGCCGAGAACGGCUCCAGCGGUUCGGUCCCCAACAUCCACGCCGAGCAGCUGCGGUCCCUUCACCAGUCUCUGAAUGCAGACGGGACGGUGAGCCCCCUGACUCUCUACACGUCCCCCUCUCUACCCAACAUCUCUCUGGGCUUGCCUGCCAACUCGCACAUCACGAAGCUUCAGGAGGCGGAGUGCCAGGCCCUCCAGUCCAUGCGUCAGGGCGGGGCUCUGACGGGGAAGUUUGUCAGCACCUCAUCUCUGCCGGUGGCGUGCCUUCCCCCACCUGACGCCGACCAGACCAACUCCCACUCCCACUCCUCGCUGCUGCAGCACGUGCUGCUGCUGGAGCAGGCGCGACAACAGAGCGCACUGCUAGCAGUGCCCAUGUACGGCCAGUCGCCGUUGGUUACGGGUGAGCGAGUGUCGAAUAACAUGCGCACGGUGAACAAGCUGCCGCGGCACCGGCCCCUGAGUCGCACCCAAUCGGCGCCACUGCCUCAGAGUCCCCAGGCCCUCCAGCAGCUCGUCAUGCAGCAGCAGCACCAGCACUUCCUGGAGAAGCAGAAACAGUACCAGCUCAACAAGCUCCUCUCCAAGGGGGCGGAGCUUCCCCGACAGCCACCCACCCACCCUGAGGAGACGGAGGAGGAGCUUACUGAGACAGCCGAGAUGCUGGAGGAAGGGCGAGGGGAGGGGCUUGAGUAUGCACGUGAGCCACGCCUCCAGAGGGACGGUUCGGGCGAAACGUCGCCCCCAUCAGAGCGCCUGCUGCCCCUGAAGGGUGAAAGCACAGAGAGUGACCUGGAGGAGGAGGACGAUGAAGAUGAGGCCAUUGAACUCAAGGAGUGCGAUGAAGAUGGCACCCCCUAUGGACAGUUUUCAGACCAGCAUCACAUUCAGCAGCUCAACGUGUUCCAGGCCUCUCUCUCCAUCACUGGCAUGCCCCACAGACCCCUGGGAAGGGCCCAGUCCUCCCCGGCCACGGCCGGUCUUAAGGGAGCCCCCAUGGCAGAAGUUCCCAUCAAGCACCUCUUCACUACAGGUCUGGUGUACGACACGCUGAUGCUGAAGCACCAGUGCAUGUGUGGCAACACCCACAUCCACCCUGAGCACGCCGGACGCAUUCAGAGCGUGUGGUCCCGGCUGCAGGAGACCGGGCUGCUCGGCCGCUGCGAGAGGAUCCGGGGCAGGAAGGCCACGCUGGAUGAGAUUCAGACGGUUCACUCAGAGUAUCACGCUCUGCUCUAUGGCACCAGCCCUCUCAACAGACAGAAGCUGGACAGCAAGAAGCUCCUAGGGCCAAUGAGUCAGAAAAUGUACGCCAUGCUGCCUUGUGGAGGUAUCGGGGUGGACAGUGAUACCGUCUGGAACGAGAUGCACUCCUCAGGGGCAGUCCGCAUGGCUGUGGGCUGCGUCAUUGAGCUGGCCUUCAAGGUUGCCGCCGGAGAGCUCAAGAAUGGUUUCGCUGUGGUCCGUCCACCUGGGCAUCAUGCAGAAGAGUCCACAGCCAUGGGGUUCUGCUUCUUCAACUCAGUGGCCAUUACUGCAAAGCUCUUGCAGCAGAAACUCGGAGUAGGAAAGAUACUCAUAGUAGACUGGGUGAGUGUUUAGUGCUCUACCUCCAUUUUGCUCCCUCUCUUUCUUUUCUCUUCUACCUCUCAUCUCACCAUCUCUUUUUCUCUCCCAAUCUCUCAGUCUAUCACCCUGCCCUUUUCGUCCUUUCAAUACCUUUUACCUCUUAUGGGAAAAGUAAAGUUCUACUUGGAAUCAUAUCCAGUCGUAUUUGAGGCUGUAGAUUUUCCAGAUGCCUAGACAUUAGCUCAUAGGA